CAAUGCACCGCCGUAACAUUAGCGGGACCGCUGAGGAUGCUCUUCUUCAUCAAUCAAGCUCCGGUCUGACGAAGGAGCAACGUGGACUUCAAGGAAGGGGAGGAAGCAGGUUCAGUGUGGAAAUAUCAAAACCCGAAGGGAAGGCCGGUCGGGUGGGACGAGGCGAUUGAGCCUUCGGGGUGAACAACAAGUCAAGCCAGAGCGAGGCCGGGGCGAGAGAGAGAGAGAGAGAGCGCCGUUCGACAGGAGAGAGAGCCGACGCCGUGCAGGGAAGCGGUGCAAGACAACGGGAGUCUGCAGAGGAAGAGAGGUUGAUCUGGACGCAGGUCUUUGCAGCCUGAUUAGGGCGAGGAGGGGAGACCCGAUCGGCCCGGCGUGGGGGAGAGAGAGAAUUACGAGAGGACGCUUGGCAGAAGCAGCCUCUCAGACCCGGGGGCUGGAAUUAGAGCCGCGGAACCUGCAGAGGGGAAGCCACAAAACCACAGUGAAGAUGCCCGCUAAUGGGAACCGUCCCUUGAAGUUGCAGUUUGGUCUAAUUAACCACGAGGGUCGCUACCUCACUGCAGAAUCCUUUGGCUUCAAGGUGAACGCAUCGGCGCCGAGCCUGAAAAAGAAGCAGAUAUGGACUCUGGAGCAGGACUCUCAGGACUCCCAGGUGGUGUGCCUGCGAAGUCACCUGGGACGCUACCUGGCCUCUGACAAGGACGGCAAAGUCACCUGCGAGGCAGACGGACAAAACUCCGCCUGCCGCUUCCUCAUCGUGGCUCAGUCGGACGGGCGUUGGGCGCUGCAGUCUGAGCAGCACCUCCGCUUCUUUGGCGGCUCUCGGGACUACCUGUCCUGCUUCGCACAGGUAAUCACAGAUGCCGAGCUGUGGGCGGUGCACCUGGCUCUGCACCCGCAGGCCAACCUGCUGUCUGUGGCCCGCAAGCGCUACGCCCACCUCUCCGCAGAGGACGGGGAAAUCGCCGUGGAUAUGAACAUACCCUGGGGUGUGGCGGCGCUCCUGACACUCGUCUACCUGGACGGGAAGUACUGCCUCAAGACCUGCGACAGCCGCUUCCUCGGCAGCGACGGGAAGCUCUUGGCGCAGAGCGGCAGGGCCACGGCGUACACGCUGGAGCUGAAGUGUGGCAAGCUGGCCUUCAAAGACUGUGAGGGGAAGUAUUUGUCUCCCACAGGCCCCACCGGCACCCUGAGGUCUGGACGCUGCUCCAAGCCGGGCAAAGAUGAACUGUUUGACCUGGAGGAAAGCCACCCACAGGUGGUUCUGAUGGCUGCCAACGGGCGAUAUGUCUCAAUAAGACAAGGAGUGAGCGUGGCAGCCAAUCAGGAAGAGGAGACGGACACGGAGACGUUCCAGAUGGAGAUCGACAAGGAAACCAGGAAGUGCAUGCUGCGCACCAGCCGAGGGAACUACUGGGACCUGGUGGCCCACGGAGGCAUCCAGAUUACUGCCACGGAAGCGUCGGCGAACGCCAUGUUUUCAGUGGAGUGGCUCGGCCACCGGGUGGCACUGAAGGCCAACAACGGAAAAUACAUCUGCACCAAGAAGAACGGCCAGCUGCUGGCCGUGAGCGACUCCGUAGGUAAGCGACCUUUCUUCUGCACGCACCCCCUCACCGUCACCCCCCCCCCCCGGGGAGUCUUCACCACGUGUCCCCUUGUGUCAGGCGAGGACGAGCAGCUCACCCUGAAGCUGAUCAACCGGCCCAUGCUGAUCCUGAGAGGAGAGAACGGAUUCGUCUGCCGCCACAAGAACUCCAACCUCCUGGACGGCAGCAGAUCGGUCUACGACAUUUUCACCCUGCAGUUCAGUAACGGGGCGUACCACAUCAAAGGCGUGGACGGCCGCUUCUGGUACGUGAACAGCGGCGGCCUGGUGUGCUCAGACGGCGAGGCCCCCGAGGACUUCGCCCUGGAGCUCCCGGAGCACGGCCGCCUGGCCAUCCGCGACAAGAACGGCAAAUACCUGCGCGGGGACCAGGGGGGCACGCUGAAGGGAGACGGACUGGGCCUCAGCCCCUCGGCCCUGUGGGAGUACUGACGCCGUCCGAUAGGCGCCCGAACUCUGACUCAACGGCUCAGGGCGCCCGUGGAGACAGACGUAGUCUUACAAGCCCGGUCCCCUCUCAGCAGUCACCAGCACGGCGGUGUGAGGGGGUUUGUUGGGGCAGGAAGAGGACUUGGUCUCUGCUUUUGUUUUUCUACAUUUCUUCCGUCCUUUAGCAACAUAAAGAUACAAAAAAAGACACUUGUACGACUGUUAAUGUAUGUUUUAUACACAGAUAAGACAGUUCUGACCACAUGAACUAAACUACAGGCGGGCGACGUUCUGAAGACAAACCUUCAUAUACAGUCUGAGGAGAAGAAAAGGAGCAGGAAACAGACUUUAUACUCGUAGCUCCCUUAAGUGAUUCUUUGUAGUCGUUAUGGAUUCUGAUUAUGUUUUUGUACUUUGUAUUAGUUUUGAUGUUUUUUGUCUGUGGUCUUUUUGUUGCUGUGGUUGUUUUGCAUCUUUUCUUUUUGCAGUUUAACAUCAGUUUGUGAUCUUUUUGAUUCUCUCGGUGAUAUUAUUUAUGUGAAUUCAAGUCGA